AUGGCUUUGAUACCAUAUAGAAAGGAACUGAGCAUAUAUAGUGGUCUGGGAUUGCACGAUGAUCCCAUUCUGUUACAACACCAGCUGCUUGAGCCGCGGUUAUUUCCUGACCGCGGGUCAAGUCAGGCUAAAACCGGCCUGCUUAGCCUCCGAAGGCUACUCUUCCAGGGUACCUUGCUCAGUGGUCCCCUCCUGGCGGACAUAGAUAACAGCAGAUUUUCUGGCCCAAUUCCUCAGUCUUUGGGUAAUUUGAGUAAGAUAACUUUCCUACAUCUUAACCUAAACGAAUUCUCUGGCCAGAUUCCUAAGAAUUUCGGCACCUUGACCAAGUUAACUGAUUUGAGCUUGUUUUCGAACUACUUAUCCGGUCCAGUACCGGAAGAAAUCGGAAAUCUUUCAUCAUUGGUUGUUUUUCAUCUAAUUGAUAACAACUUGAGUGGUCAAUUACCUCCACAAGUGUGUCGAGGCGGAAUGCUAGCGAAUUUCACCGCGGGGUACAAUAACUUCACCGGUCCGAUCCCGGUGAGCCUCAAAAACUGCACAUCCUUGUACAAAGUCCGGCUUGAUUAUAAUCAACUAACCGGAAAUCUUGAUCAAGAUUUCGGAGCGUACCCGAACCUGACGUAUAUCAACUUGAGCCACAACAAUUUACAAGGGAAAAUCUCACCCACAUGGGGAGAAUGCAGUAACUUGACACGGCUGAAUCUUGGUGGGAAUUCCAUUGGAGGUGAAAUCCCAAUGGAGAUCUCCCAAUUGAACCAGCUAGUAGUGCUUGACCUUUCUUCCAAUAAGAUAUCCGGGAGAAUUCCGGCUCAAGUUGGACGAUUGUCGAAACUAUUGACGUUAAACUUGAGUGACAACCAAAUUUCUGGUCAAAUACCAUUCGAAAUCGGGGGACUGUCCAAUUUGGCUUCUCUUGAUCUCUCCAUGAACAUGCUAAAUGGACCGAUUCCGGGUCAAAUUGGAGACAUCUCGAGAUUGCUGUUUCUAAGCCUGAGUAAAAAUCAAUUGAAUGGGAGCAUUCCCUAUCAGAUUGGUAAUCUUGGAACUUUACAAAUACUGCUUGAUCUUGGUUCCAACUCACUCACCGGAGCGAUUUCACCUCAACUCGGGACGCUGAUUAUCCUAGUAGCCUUAAACCUCUCCCACAACUCUCUCACCGGUUCUAUACCGGAUUCGUUUAGUGGAAUGCUCAGCUUGUCAACCAUCGAUUUGUCGUACAAUGAACUGGAGGGUCCUCUGCCUGACUCCAAGGUUUUCAAUUCGUCUCCGUCCGAAGCGUUUUCCCAUAACAAGAAUCUUUGUGGUGAUCCAAACCAAGGAUUGACACCAUGCAACAACUCAGUGUCUGGGGGCGGUAAGGAAAACGGAGGAAACUCGCGGUUGAUCAUUAUCGCAGUUUCUCCCUCGUUAGGCUCGUUGUUUCUCUUGCUUCUGCUUGUUGGGGCUAUCGCGCUUCACCGAAAAAGUAACCGCAAAAGCCAGAAAGAAGAUGUGGUGAAGGGAGAAAACAUCUUUUUGAUCAAGAAUUUCUGUGGAAGAAUUGCGUUUGAAGAUAUCGUCCGCGCUACAGACAAUUUCGACGAUGCAUACUGCAUUGGACAGGGAGGAUCGGCCAGAGUCUACAAAGUUAACUUACCAAGUGGGCAGGUAGUAGCAGUUAAAAAGCUAUUCACGAAUGAAGGCUCAGAGAUUGGGGAGAUCAAGAGUUUUGCGAAUGAGGUAGCCACGCUGACAGAAAUAAGGCACCGGAACAUCGUGAAACUCUACGGCUUUUGUUACCACAAAAAGCACACUUUUUUGGUUUGCGAGUACAUGGAGAGAGGAAGUUUGGCAGAUGUUUUGAGGAGAGAGAGAGACGCCAAGGAGUUAGACUGGAGUAAGAGAGUGAACGUAGUUAAAGGGGUGGUUCACGCUUUAUCUUACCUGCAUCACAACUGCGUGCCUCCCAUAAUUCAUCAGGACAUAUCGAGCAAGAAUGUUCUGUUAGACUCGGAAAUGGAGGCUCAUGUCUCCGAUUUUGGCACGGCAAGGUUUUUGAAGCCCGAUUCUUCAAAUUGGACCGCGGUUGCAGGCACGUUCGGAUACAUUGCUCCAGAAUUAUCGUACACAAUGGCAGUGACAGAGAAAUGCAACGUGUACAGCUUUGGUGUUUUGACACUUGAGAUUUUGAUGGGAUCGCUUCCGGGAGAACUCAAUUCAAACCUAUACUCAUCCGUUGACAACGAACGCAUACAAUUGGCAGAUGUCUUGGAUCCUCGUCUUCCGCCUCCUACUAGUCAGAAGCUACAAGAUGAAUUGGAUUCCAUUUUGAAUCUAGCAGUCUGGUGCUUGCACGUCGAUCCACAUUCUAGGCCUACCAUGUACGAUGCAUCUCAUUUGUUUGAGAUGAAUGCCAGAGCUGGCAGAGUGAGUCCAAAGUUGGUUAAAUCUGUUAGAAAGGGUGUUGAUGAGCUGCCCAUGCUCAGUUAGUAAGCUUGAUAUUUCUCUCUCUCGUUCUCUCUGUUAGGAUUCCACCCAAGUGGGGUGGUGUGCGCAAAGCACAUG